UUGGACAUGGUUUUAUUUUUAUUAUAUUACAGGCUGUGGGAAGAAUAUGAUCAAACCCAGCAUGCUUCUGCACAGCUAUUCCUGUUAAGCACAUGUGGCACUGCACUGAGGUUUUACACUUCUAAUGUUGUGUUUAUAUAUUAAGGAUGGAUGAGUACUUCAGUCUGGAGAAGGAGGAAGCUCCAGAUAACAUUCCUAUGAUGCAUUUUAUGUUUCCAUCUGCCAAAGAUCCUACGAUAAAGAUCCGUCACCCAGGUAAAUCUUGCAUGACCAUGCUGAUAAUAAUUAAUUAUGAAUGGUUUGAAGAGUGGAAGGACAUUCAAGUAAUGAAAAGAGGGGAUGAUUAUGUAGCAUACAAGAUGAGAUUUGCCAACAAUCUCUUCGACUGGGCCUGCAGCCACUUCCCCAAACUAAGAGACAAGUUGGUAUUUCAGGAGGUGUCCACUCCAUUAACAAACUCACACUAUCUUGGUUCUUACCUCGGAGCCAUGUCCUCAGCUGAGCAGAACUUGGAGCGCUUCCAAGCAGAGGCCAUUGCCAGAAACUGCUGUGAUACCCCUGUCAGAAAUCUCUUCAUGUCAGGUCAGGACGUGUUUAGCUUUGGUAUUGCAGGUUCAUUACAUGGUGGCCUUCUCUGUGCCGCCACAGUGCUCAAACAGAUUGUGUACAUCGACCUCUUGAUGAUGAAGAAGAAACUGAAGAGGAAGAAAGCGAGAGGAACUGCUGAACAUGUCAAAAAGCUGCAGUGAAUCAGAAGGAAAUGCUACAGCCACUUAGAGAAGCAACAAUCUGCUAAUUAGUGGCAGAAAUUAAUGUGUUUGAAUGAAAAUGUGUAUGAAGGAAGGAAGGAAGGAAGGAAGGAAGGAAGGAAUCUUUUCAUUAAUGAAUAUAUUGUGGUACUUAUAUUUUUUUAUACAUAUUGUGGUAUGUAUAAUGUCAUUUUACUCCUGAUGCCUAUAGUCAAAAUGACUUCAAGUCAAAAGGCUAGAUUUACUUUAAUUCAUACUUGAAAUGUUUUAAUGACAAAAAAAAAUCAACAAACAAAUAUAAAUGAACAAAAAAUGUUUAAAAGAGUUUUUGUGAUUUAAUUUAAAAAAAAAACCUGAAUAAGAACUUAAUAUAAUGAACUUAAUAAUACCAAAUGUAUCACAUGCCAUAUGUUUAUAAUCAUUGAUAUUUAAUAACAUUUCCAAGAAAGAUCAUGAUCGUUAUUUAAAUCCAUGGCUCUAACUUCUAAUACUGUCUAUUGUAAUGAAACAUGCCAAUAGAAGUCACUGGUGAAUCUAAACAGUCCUUAGUAGUGAAUGAGUUCAUGAUUGUGUGCGGUGUCCUGUACUGAACCACCAGUCCUGCAUCACUCAGUAUUCCUGGAAUAGACUCUGGAAUCCCUGCAACCCUUAAAAGGAUAAAAUGUUUACGGAAGACGCCAACCUAGGGCAAUCAGUCCCCAGCUUGUAUCCAGCUGGAAUGCUACUCCUUGAUCCACAGUGAUCUUGAAAGGUUUUCGACAGCUUUGAUGAUAUUCUUGGUGGCUCUUGUUCCCUGCAACCCUUUAAUGAAAAGCAGAGUGAGUGUCCAAUAUAGAGACUGCAUAGAGCAUCCCUUCUAAAUGGGUUCCCCAUACCUUCUACAUUCCUUUUCCUGUUUGAAAUAUUUUGCAUUAUACUAAUUCGCCUCCUCAAUCCAGGCUUCCUGGUGACAGUGAGUUCCAACAUAAUCACUUGAUUAGAACAGUCUGAUGUUUGAACAAAUCAGACCUAUGUCAUACCUAAACCUUUUCCAUAAGUGUCAAAUUCUUCCUUAGAUCAAUCCGAAUUGCAAAAGGGCAACGCUGAUUAGGCUUUUUGGUAGGCACAGCCACCUUCCAAAAAACUGGCUGAUCUUUCACUCUAUGUCCUCCACAAUGGUCAUUGCAUCUUCUUAUAGCAGCAAUGGCCAGAGAAGUCUUGUCAGUAUACCAUACUGGUUAAUCCAACAUCACAGAAUUCCUGACUUAUCCUGUGCUUACAGUCAAGCUUUCAGUUCUGUACAAGUUGACAGUGUACAACUGUUGCAGUGUCUCUCUGGGUGCACUUGAAGACCUUUCCCAAGCUCCUCACAGGCUUCUCAAAAACAGAUGGCAUUUGGAUUCUUCUCAGAAAGAAGCAAAAGUGGUUGUAAAACACUUUUUGUCUUAUUCCGGACAAAUAUCCCAGAUUUGUUUGGCUUGAAACUCAUAUUUGUACAAGGAAUGAGCAAUUUUAGUUGGUGGAGGAGCCAUUGUCAUUUUGGCACUGAUGAUUGGGUGAAUUAUGCCAAAUCUGGACAGGGGGCCCUACAUUCCGUUUUUAGCAUGAUCAUUGCCAUGGUAAUCAAGGAUCAUCUAGUGAUGAUGUUUUCUCUAGGUGAUGCUAUGUAUAUGAUGCUGUCCCAGAGGUGAAUUUCAAACUGAAACUUUUGCAGUCCAGGAUGAAUUAUUUAAUCCUCUCUGGUGUUUUGUCAUGGUAUUUUGUCAGCUCUAGUGCUAGACAUUUAUGUUGAAUGUAUCCAUAGGCAUUGCAAAGGUCUAGCCGAACAGUUGAAACUUUGCUAUUCUCGUUUGCCUCAUAGAUCAGCUAGAUAACCAUUCCUGUGCGCUCUGUUCUGUGCGCUCUGACUUACUCCCCUUUAAACUGGUGUGUCAAGGUAGGAAUCCCUCAUUAGGUACACUGUCAGGCAGUUAGCAAGGAUCUUGAAAAAGAUUCAACAACUGCCCCUGAGCUUGUGUCCUACAUUGAGGCCCAGUCUAGUAGAAAUCUUCAAUCAAGGGACUUCUGUAGACAAGGACCUCAAGGAGAAAUGAGUUUUUUUAUUACAUACUUAUGUCUUCGUAGUAAUUACAGAACACUUUCUGAAGGAUUCCAAUAUGCAUAGGCUUAACACUGCAACAACACUUUUCUUCCGUAAUGCUUAACUACAACCGAGUAUCUUGAGUACCAUCUGGUGGUACAUUAAUGUAACAUAUGUUUGGAUUUCUGUAACGCUGUUUUGUGACACUUUGUUAAAUGGGCUAUAUUAAUAAAAUUGAUUGUCCUUUCUCA